UUCAUCCCUGUCGCAUUUUGCAGUCGACCUUUGUCAAAUUUUCUACAUAUUUACAUUUUUAAAAGGAAGUACACAACUUUUAAUAAAAAUAACUCGAAGUAAGAUUUGUAAAAAUUGAUUUUUAAAUAUGACUGCAUUCGAAGAGUUUGGUGUUCUUCCCGAAAUUGCUAAGGCAAUCGAUGAAAUGGAAUGGACUCUCCCAACUGAUGUCCAAGCCGAAGCUAUCCCCUUAAUUUUGGGAGGCGGUGAUGUUCUUAUGGCAGCUGAAACUGGUUCCGGUAAAACUGGUGCAUUCUGUCUGCCCAUUCUACAGAUUGUUUGGGAAACAUUGCGCGACAUAGCCGAAGGUAAGGGCACCAAAUCGGGGAAUGCUGGUGCUAUCGCACCAUGGACUAUGUCGUUCUUUGAUCGUGGUUCUGCUCUGGCAGUCACCCCCGAUGGAACUCGAUGUCAAUCGAGGGAGUUCAAAGAGUGGCACGGAUCCCGAGCCACAACCGGAGUUAAGGGAAGUGGAAAGUACUAUUUUGAGGCCACAGUCACUGACGAAGGACUCUGUCGUGUUGGUUGGUCCACCACUCAAGCCUCGCUAGACCUGGGAACCGAUAGAUUCGGUUAUGGAUUUGGUGGAACUGGCAAAAAAUCCAACAACCGUCAGUUCGAUGAUUAUGGAGAAGCCUUUGGUAUGCAGGAUGUCAUCGGAUGUUGCCUAGACUUGGAUAAGUAUGAAAUAAGCUACACAAAGAAUGGCAAAGCUCUUGGUUUGGCCUUUAAAAUAGCCGACCAAUUCAAAAAAGAAACAUUCUAUCCAGCAGUCGUGCUGAAAAAUGCCGAAAUGAUGUUUAAUUUUGGAAAAACCGACUUCAAACACCCCCCUCCGAGCGGAUUCGUCGCUGUGUGCAAGGCUGAUGAACGCAACACGCAUUCCAAUCCCCUCGCUACUCCCGACAAGUCUGCGGCCAACUCCAAGCCAGCGCCAAAUGCCCCCGCAGCAAUUAUUAUUGAGCCAAGUCGUGAAUUAGCUGAACAGACCUACGAUCAGAUCGAAAAGUUCAAGAAGCACUUAAAGGAUCCUCUGGUCAAGUCUUUACUUCUUAUUGGCGGAGUUAAACUAGAACAACAGCGAAGUGUCCUGCAGGCAGGAGUCCAUAUCGUGGUUGGGACACCAGGUCGUCUGGAGGAGAUGAUAAGCAGUGGCUUUGUCCAGUUAACUCAUUGCAGGUUCUUCGUUCUGGACGAGGCCGAUGGACUGCUAAAGCAAGGCUAUAAUGACUUAAUUGAACGCCUUCAUAAACAGAUUCCUAAGCUGACAUUCGAUGGACGUCGUCUGCAGAUGGUGGUCUGCUCAGCGACGUUGCAUGCCUUCGAAGUGAAGAAAAUGGCAGACAAACUGAUGCACUUCCCUACCUGGGUGGAUCUCAAGGGCGAGGACGCUGUUCCUGAGACGGUUCAUCAUGUUGUAUGCAUGGUUGAUCCGCAGAGGGACAAUUCUUGGGGCAAUCUACGGCAGCGUAUCCAAACCGACGGUGUGCACGAACGAGAUGGAGCACAUCCAUCCAAACAAACACCCGAAACCUACUCGGAAGCUGUAAAGAUCCUCAAAGGCGAGUACUGCAUCCGCGCCAUUGACGAACACAACAUGGAUCGAGCCAUUCUCUUUUGCCGGACAAAACUCGACUGCGAUAACUUGGAACGCUAUCUUAAGCAGCGCGGAGGCAAUAAAUAUUCGUGCGUCUGCCUCCACGGAGAUCGCAAACCAUUCGAAAGAAAAGCAAAUCUGGAGAAGUUCAAGAAGAACGAAUGUAAAUUCCUCAUUUGUACUGAUGUCGCAGCAAGAGGUCUGGACAUCACUGGUCUACCGUUCAUGAUCAAUAUAACAUUGCCAGAUGAUAAAUCGAGCUAUGUUCAUAGAAUUGGAAGAGUAGGACGUGCCGAGCGUAUGGGGCUGGCCAUAAGUUUAGUGGCAACUGUACCCGAAAAAGUGUGGUAUCAUGGGGAAUGGUGUUCUACUCGCGGACGCAACUGCAAGAACACAAAUUUGACUGACAACGGAGGCUGCUGCAUUUGGUAUAAUGAGAAGAAUCUCUUGGGCGAAGUGGAGGAACAUCUUAAUGUCACCAUUACCCAGGUCAAUAAAGAUAUUAAAGUUCCGCAAAACGAUUUUGAUGGCAAAGUGGUGUAUGGUGAGAAGAAUUUGAAUACCGGAACUGGCUAUAAAGAUCACGUUGAUCAGUUGGGACCAACUGUUCGUAAAUUGACUGAACUUGAGCUGCAGGCACAGACUUCCUUCUUGAAACGUUUGAAGGUUUAAGCAGACACAAUUUUACGAAUUUCCAUUUGAUAAUAAAUUAUAAUAAAAUAAUGUUUAAUUAAUAAACAAAAUAAAUAAUAUAAUCUUAAAACA